AUGUGCCAAAAAAGUUUUUCAGCUCCCGUAGAAACAUCUCAGAAAGAUAUUGUUGUUCAAUCUUCCGAAUUGGCCGUAUUAAAAUGUUUAUUUUCUUCUCCUUUGAAUACUUGCGAUGAAGCCAAACGUUCGGUUGAAAGGAUUCCCAAAAGAAUACAAAAAUUAUAUGAAAAACUCAAGAAACCUCUUUUUAACACGACGAGUAAUGAAAUCGUAGAUUCUUCUUCAUUGGAAAAUUUGCCAGCAAGUUUUCUAUAUUUGAUUCCGAAAGUACGAUUUUCUUCAAUUACCGGUCUUAGCGCGUCAAACAUCGUACGAAGGUUUCCAUUUGAUGACGCUUUGACGAUGAAAAUCCUCAGCGUCUUUACGGAGAAGAAAAAAAUAAAAAAUUUUCUUAAAGGACUAUCCGAAAGGGAAGAGAUGUUGUUGGUAAGCGAGGAUGAGGUAAUAGAAGAGCAAUCGUUGAGAGACAUAGCCCCUAUAUCUCCGGCUGUCGAAAAAGAAAUUGCACGUGCACUGUCCAAGUGGUUUUCAAAAGGUUCGCAGUGGGAAUAUUGGUUGUUUAGAGCGAGCAUGAUGACGGGAUCUCCGGUUUUAGCCAAUUUGCCAAAUUAUUUUUUAAAUUCCCUCUCGCUCGAAGAAACGGAAAGAUUUUUGUUUCAUCUUCGAAACUGGAGGUGGGACGAUUGGACUUCGUACAAUUACUGGAGUCAACACGGCAUGUCCGUGAAAAGGAUAUGGUCGUACAUUGUUUUGACCAAAGCGGAACCUCCGAGUAGGUGGACGCCGAAAAUAGUGAAAUUAUUAGGUUCUUUUCUCAUCGGUGCGACUCCCGACGAAUUAUCCCAACUUUCAACGGAUCUGAGAAUUUCCCAAGAUUUUAAAUUGUUGUUAGAUUUAAAUUGGAAUUCUUUGCAAGCUCGUGCCGUUUUCGAUGUCGGGUAUUCCGGAACGACCGAUUUAAACGAAAACGUUUUGAACAAUGUGAAAAAUAUUGUUUUGUAUUUGUUGCCGCGACAAAUUCAACAAUUUUCCUAUAACGCAACGGAUUUUGAAUACCUGAAGGAUACGACGGGAAUGUCGUUGCCCACAGAGAAACAAAUAUUUUCUAGUUAUGUCGCUUACGUUAUUUCAAAAUAUAACGACACUCUGGAAAUGAAUUCGGAAUUUUGGAAAGAACACAUGCUGAGUUUUGGAAAAUUUUUCCAUUUACUACCACCUUCAUUCCUUGAAAACUUUCAAAUCGAAGAAACGGAUUUAGAUAAGUUAGCUUCGGUUGAUUCUUCUUUGUUAUCCUAUCAACAGGUUCGCUACCUGACUAAAUCUGGAAGCCUCAUCGAUUUGUCAGAGCCUAAAACCGUAUUGAAUUUCAAAGGUCUUUUAAAAUCGAUUCCUUCGCUUGAAAUAACCAAAUAUCCAGCUAAUUUUUUAUCCAGUCCGAUAAAAGAACACUUAUUGAUGUUUGCCACGGGUGAAUCUGUACCUUUCACGGCAUCGGUUUUAGAAAAAGUUAGAAAAGAUUUAGUUUUAAAUUCGUACCUGGAAAAAAUGCUUUACAAUAAAGACUUUGUACAGUAUUUUAAAUUGUUGGGAAAUCGUGACAUCACGGAAAAAUACCAAGAUAUCGUUAUAAAUUUAUUUGAAAUAGUCAGUAAAAAUCCAGUGAUUGAAAGAAAUAUUCGAAUGUUACCCUCCAGCACGCUCUCGGCCAUCUUGUCAUUACAUCGUCGAGAAGCCUUAAAAAAAGAUGGCGGAUGGAAUUACGAAAAUCUAAUCGAAUCACCUUUGAAAUUGUUCAUUUCCGGUUUGACUUGUGCGGAUGUUGAAGUCCUGGAAAUUUCAGAUUUCAUUCCGAUCAUAGGCUAUUACGUUCAUCAAAGACGUGCGAUGAAUGAGAUUUUUCCAAAGAACAUGCAAUAUUGUUCACAAAAAGCUCUCACGAAAUAUUUCAAAUUGAAAGCUUCUCUUCAGGGAUUAACCAACGAACCAUUUAGUUUGUUAAGCUUAUUAGAAGUUUACGAAGUGAGAGCAAUCGGUGGAUACAUAUUAGCCGGAUUACCCAUCGAUUUAAUAGAUUCCCUAAGGAUUAAAUAUCAAAUAAUAUCGGAAAUAGGAAAAUUAACGAUUCCGGAAUUACUUACCGCUACCUCUUUAGAAAAUACAAAACAGUUAACUAAUAUUUACGUUACCUUUACCGAUGACAUUAACCUUCAAACAAUGAAUAACUUGGGAAAUCUCAUUUGGUUUUUAAAUGAGAAUAAAAUUAAAAAAGUGAACGUUGACGCUUUUAAAAUGCACAUUGAAUCUCUGGAGGAAAAUGCGAUCAGAGCACUGUGUUGGAACGAAAAGGAAAGAAAUUCGUGGAAAGAAUUAUUGAUUCGAGUUUUCGGAAAACCUGAUUCUUGGUCUUCCGGCGUAUUAAGUAAUCUCGGGGAUCUGUUGUUCGUUUUCGACAGCUACGAGUUAGAAAGAAUCAAUAAGACUAGUCGAAUGGAAGCUGCCGAUGUUUUGUCUAGAUCCACUGCAUUUUUUACCGUUGUCGAUUGGCCGGGUUCGCCGAAACCUUUACAUUUGUACGAAGCGUGCCUUGAAAUUCUCAGCAUACCGGAAAAAAUUUCUUUUCGAACGUCCAUCAAACAAUUACUACGGUUUUAUUUGGAAUCAAACGAAUUUUUAUUGCAAACAAUUGCCACGCCGGAAAAUAUAUUGAAAUUAAACGAAAAACCGAAUCUCGUGGAAAAUGCUCUGACGAUAAUUUCUCCGGUGAUUUCGACUCAUUUACUGAGUCACUUAUCACCUUCGAAACCCAUUCCCGUGAUAAAUGCGACGGAAGAUGUCAAAAAUGAGGAUUCGUUUGAAAAUUACGAUUAUUCAUCGGAAGAAAUGGACGAUCAUCAUUUUUUCAACGAGGAAACCGACGAUGAAUAUCGGGAUGAUUUCGAAAACGAUAAAGCGGCUGUCAAAGACGUGGAAGAUUCGAAUGUAAAAAAUGAAGAUUUUAAAGAAGUUGAUAAUCGCAAUGAAAACGCAUCACAUGAAAAAAGUCUUCCAUCUUUGUUUGAAUCAAUGGUUAAAUCGAAAAAAUUCCGUAAUUCGAAAUUGGAUGUGUCGCUGGAGGAAAUUUACAGGAAAAGGAGAUUCGAUAAAAAUUCUCCAAAGGAUUUCGAAAACGAUAAAGAUAAUUCGGAAUUGUUUCAUACGAAAAAAUCAAAGUCGUUCGAAGAGGUUCAGAAAGAACUCCAGAAAAACGCUUCGAGAGCUUUAAUCGUGGAAGUUCCUUUAAACAGAACGGAUUUUGUCAAUUUUGGAAAAUCCUCCGCUCACAACAUAAGGGUUAGCUGCGACGCCAUUAAAAUGUUGGGAAAAUCGGCGAAUCUCAUUUUAGAAGUCGAAGACUUUAAAAAGAUGAACGAUACGGAAUUGGAAGAUUGUGCCGAAUAUUUAGGGAGUCUUAAUUUGAAUAAUGGCGUGAAAAGUUUUAUUUUCAACAAACUCAAAAAGUGGAAAGAAAGUGGAAAUUUAUUGGAAGUCGGAAGUUUAGUUUCAGCCAUCGACGAAAGCGAUUUGAUUAAAAUCCCAUUGAAAUUAAGCGAACCCUGGGCUUUGGAAAAUUUACACGUGUUGUCCACUCACAUCACGGAUCCGGAAACGAUGCUUCUCGCAACGGAUCAGUUCCUCUUGAAAAAUAUGGAUCUUCAAUCGUUUAAUUACGAAACAGCGGUUUCGGUGGGUCGUUUAGUAUGUUCGAUGACGUUAUCUCACCAAAGAAAAUAUUUACUAAGUCAUCCGGAAGUAUUUAUUAACGUUGCCAAAACUCUAGGACAAACAUUAGAUUGCAGUAACAUGGUAUUCGAGACUUGCAUAAGGCAAUUGGCCAACAUAGCAACUUCUCAUGACGCAUUCGGGGACACUAAUAAGUGGAAUGCGAACGACGUUUCGGAUUUGGGAGUCAUCGCUGCCGGUCUUAAGAAAACCGACUGGCAAAUCAAAGAUGGACGAGGAUUAAGAGCAGAAGCCAUGGCCGGAUUGAGUCCUCGUGCGGUGUCUUGCAUUCCUCCCGACGUUUUUAAGGUAUUGACUGAAGAACAGCUGUUGAAAAUUCCCACGCUCUCUGCGGCUGCCGUUUCCGUCGAACAAUCAUCUAGUCUGUCGCCUUCUCAGUAUGAAAUAAUUGAUAGAGUUCGACGGCAAAUCCCUCCAGUGGAUCUGACGACGACGUAUUCCAGCGGCGGGAUUUCGAAAAUGUCCUCUCCGACUCCUCUGCACCUGACCAUCGCGAUGAGUGUAAGUGUUUAUUUUUCACGGACGUUUUUCACAUACGCGUGA